CAAUGGAUGGGACUGCUGGGGACAUAUGUUUACUAAUGCUGUCUGGAUGUGCAGGGAGGGAAGCCGAGAGGAAAGGAACACAACAAGAUUAACAUCACCUCUCCUGGAUCUUACUGACACCUACCCAUGAGCCCCCUCUUUUUCCAUUUAAUGUAACCAGCAUCCUUACCCACUGAGCACCGACCGACACAGGACAUCCAUGGACGUUGAAAAGUAGUUGAAAUUUGGUCAGUCCGCCCUGGCCUUGAUUUCAAUGUCCACAAACAUAGAUUUUUGAACCCUGCAGGUACUUGGCUCAUCGCAGGCUCUGCGGUCUCUCGGGUUGGGCUAGAUCUCUUGGCUGGACUUCCUCAAUGAUAAUUACACAUUUAGACACUUAAGCUCAGUGAACAAAUACAACUCUUUAACCCAAUUCAUCCUAUGUUUUCAAGGACAUUGAGGACCUCAACAUGUUGCUACUUAUGAAGAGACUGGCAUAAGAUAUCUAAGGACAACAUCCCAGAAACACUGAGCACCAAUGUCAGAGGAGUACAGUGACAGGAGCACAGGUCACGUGACGUCAUAUCAGGCAGUAAUCGCUGAAUUCUUAUCAUACCACUCUACGUCAGCUGUAGAGUUUUACAUUUCAGUCAUUUAGCAGACACUCUUAGGGUUAAGUGCCUUGCUCAGGGGCACAUUGACAGAUUUUUCAACUAGUCAGCUUAGGGAUUCAAACCAUCGACCUUUCGGUUACAGGCCCAAUGCUCUUAACCGCAAGGCUACCUGCCACACAGUUCUGACCUCACUGUUUCCUACCACGCUGUCAUGAUUACAUGCACCAUACCCACACUCCGUCACACUCCAUAACCUCUCACCCACCUGGGAGCCCUUCCAUAGCCUGGGUAGACUCAUCACCUUGGACACUAUUGGACACUCCACCCUUCAGAAAUGACCGGUACCCAGCUCAUGAACUAUCCCACCACAAACUCUCCGUUCAGUUCUCCCAGCUCCAACUCUAUUCAGCUCCAUUCAGCUGCCAUGACAUCCCCAGUCCCCCCUUUUUCCCGGGCCACCUCAGUCCCCUCGCCGCAACUGCCUCCGGCCCUGUGGCCCCCGCUGGACUUUGCCUUUGGAGCGUUGUCGUGCUGCGGGGCCUGUGUGUUCACUAACCCCCUGGAGGUGGUAAAGACACGGCUGCAGCUACAGGGAGAGCUGCGGGCGCGGGGGUCCUACCAGCAGCACUACCGCGGGGUGCUGCAGGCCCUGUGGGUGGUGGGGAAGACGGAUGGGCUCCGCGGGCUGCAGAAGGGGCUCUCGGCUGGGCUGAUGUACCAGAGUCUGAUGAACGGUGUGAGGCUGGGCUUCUACUCCUACUGUGAUGCUGUGGGGGUCACUGCAGCCCCUGGAGGGAGUCUGAUGUCAGGGGCCGUGGCCGGGGCUCUGGGGGCCUUCAUUGCCUCUCCUGCCUAUCUGGUGAAGACACAUUUACAGGCCCAGACAGUCGAGGCCAUCGCAGUGGGUCACCAGCACAACCAUCAGGGUGUGUCGAGUGCCUUCGCCAAUAUCUACCGGCGGGAGGGCGUGGUGGGGCUGUGGAGGGGUGUGAACGGGGCUGUGCCUCGAGUGAUGGUGGGAUCAGCCGCCCAACUAGCUACCUUCAGCUCCGCCAAGGAAUGGGUGACACGUCUACAGUGGUACAGUCCAAACAGCUGGCUGGUUGCCUUGACAGCUGCCUGUAUCAGUGGAGUUGCCGUGACAAUCACCAUGACGCCGUUUGACGUCAUCAGCACACGCCUCUACAACCAGCCAGUGGAUGAGCGUCAUAGGGGUCGUCUGUACCUGGGCUUCUCAGACUGUCUGGUGAAGGUGUGCCGGACAGAGGGUCUUCUGGGGCUGUAUAAAGGCAUGGGCCCUGUGUUCUUCCGCCUGUGCCCUCACACCGUUCUCAGCAUGCUCUUCUGGGACCUGAUGAGACAACGGGCCUUUCAGGACGUCCAGAACCAGAGCUGAAGAGAAGAGGAUAUUCUGCCAAUCCUGGAGGACAAUGGAAGUUGAUUUAAAAAAUACUUAUUCAUUACUAAAACCAACAUGUUUGGGCCUGCUGUCUUCAUCAGAGCCGGAGCUAAGACAGAAGGCCUCAUAUGGUGGACAGAGUUUAAUGAAUAACUGGUCCGUUGGUAGAGACGAGCAGUAGAUGCUCUUUGUGACGGCAGUGUGUAAAGUUGGUGGAGAGACGAGGAGGAGGAGACGCUCUCGAUUCCACAGAAUAGACUUGCACUCCCUCAGGGGUUGACAGGAAGGACACAUAAUGGCUUGACAUACACUGAGUGUACAAAACAUUAGGAACACCUUCCUAAUAUUGAGUUGCACCCCCUUUUGCCCUCAAAACA